CUCUCUCGCACGGCGUCGGCACGCGAAAAUUAUAACAUUACGAAAAGACAUCGCACGGUCGUCGUCGUCAGUCCGCCGCGUCCAGCCACGCGCCCAGCACGUCCGCCGCCGGGAGCUCGCACGCCGGUCGUUGUUUUGCGCGGGCGAUUCGUCCGAUUUUCGGUCAGUCACAUUUUCUUCGCGAUUUGUUUUUCUUCUGUUUUCCCUUCCCCGCCGAGUACGUUUUGUUUUUUCGGUCAUCCAUUUCGACUCGCAGUAUAAUAAUUGCACACAUGCAGCUCUAAAAACGGAUCAUAUUUUUCUUGUUAUAAUUGUUAGUUCGCACGCUUACGUAUAUUACUACGCUAUAUUAUUACAGAAAUAAUAUAUUUCUAUUCGUCGUUUGAUUACGCCGUGCCCGAUCGACGAAUCGAGUGAGUGCUCCGCGUCGGCAUCGACAGAGACCCGUCCAAGGAGUCCUAGUCCUAAAGUGGAACCGGCUACGAAAUAUUAUAUCAUCGCAUUAUCCACUGCCAGGUACGUCGUAAAUGCGAAAAACGACCAAACAUUGCACUAAAAUGUUGUAACAAUCAAACACAGACAUUUUCAAGCGUUGACAAGUAGAUACAAAAACCCACACUGCAGGAGCAUGCCAAUAUUACGCAUUAGUUUUAAGAUUUCCAUUUUGGUGGUUUCGUAUUAGAUUGCAGCUGACCGGCCGAUAGACUGCAUCUACAGCACUAACUGACCGUCUACUGACCGACCGACCACCAAUCGCCGCAAUAACGGGACCGGGUUCGGGUCGCGGUGCGAACAGUGGCCGGGCAGAGCAGUCAGCCAGCUGGACAGCCGCACCAGCAGUCGUGCACAUCAGCAGCCGCAGCCGCCGCCGUGCUGAACCGACAGCCACCGCCAUCCCCCGCACCGCCACCGCGAGUCGUCUGGCCCGUUAGCGGCCUGUUCGCCCCGACCGUCGUACAGCCGCCGCCUGUCAUGCACCACCAGGUGGCCCACCCGCACUGGAUCGCCGCGGCCGUGCAGCCCUGGGGCUUGCCCCAACAGCUGGCUCCGUCGCAGAACAUGUUGGCACUGGCCGCGAUGGCGCCUACUGCGAUGGCGCCUACUGCGAUGGCCCCGGCCACACCGGGCGCUGCGCCCAUCGCUUUCAUCGGGUUGCAUCCGCACCACCCGCAUCAUCCACACCCACACCAUCCGCACCACCCGCACCACCCUCACCACCACCCGCAUCAUCUAAACGCGAUGCCGGCGCAACCGCUGCAGCCGUCGCCGCCGCCUCAGCAUCCGAACCACAUGGCCGGCCAUCACUCGGCCACGACGGCCGCUGCCGCCGCGUUGGCCCUUCUCAAUCAGCUGCACCACCACCAUCACCAGCAACAACAGCAACAGCAACACGAUCUCGCGCACUUGUUGCUCCAACAGCAACAGCACCAGCAGCAUCAGCAGCUCCAGCACCAGCAACAGCUCACGCCACUGCCACAGCUACAGGUAAGCGUCUACAAAAAUCUCAUGUAGCACCUUCACUGGCUCAACUAUAUUAUAGUUCCACCAACAAUCCCUUGAGCCAAUAACUUCACCCCCAAAAAACCAACAAAUUUACAAGUUAAAGCAGGACAUAAUAUUAUUAUGUUAUCUUAUACCAUCUUUCCAACGGAAUCGAUUUCGUAUAUUAAUUGGUAAUUACCUACUGUUCUACGUUCUUUUACAAAAUGUUAUGAUUGGUCUCGACCCGGUCGAUGUGUUCACAUCUGUUUAGCCCUUGCGAUCUGUGGUUUGCGGUGAUAAUAUCGUAUAUAGGUAUGCAUAUUAUAGUAAAUAGGCAAUUACGUUAUAAACGGCACACACACAUAGAACGAUGGAAUUUCCUCAGAACUAAUUAAACAUGAAACAAUGACUGUAUAUGAUGUACACAUACCAUGGUAUAUGAUGUAUUAUAUAUUCCAUCCAUUUUGUACCGGUAUCGUAUGAGAGUUAAUUAAAGUGCAUUGUCACCAAAUACGACUGCAACCACAUCGAUGCGCCGGUGUCCGCUGCACAAUAAUCGACGCACUAUACAAUUUACGAUCAAUAAUAAUGUUUGUGUGUCGUGGUGCACCGCUGUUGGUUAUUGUUUUAUUAUUAUUUAGUUUCGGCGAAAGCGGAAUCACAUUGUCUUUUUUGGUGCUCGAAACAAUAAUUAUUAUACUGUCAACAAUAUAAAAUGAAAAUAUUUUAAACGAAAGAUUCGUAUUCUGACUAUAGGGCAUAGAUUUCAAUGCAAAGUACAUUAUUUUUUAGGCCCUCUCGGAGAAUGCAUUCUAAGUAUGCGUAAUUAAUUCAAUGUAAUUACUGAUAGCUACUUCAAAAAUGAGACUUUUAUUAUAUAUAUUUUUUUUUAGAAUUGUCGUGUAGUUUUAUUAAUUUUCAGUGGAUAUGAGUAUUUUCUUCUAGUGUAAAUUUGUAAAUUAAAAAUAUUAUAUCAAGAAAUAUAGUUUAAAUAGAUUUUAGGUAUAUUUCAUCCGUACCAAAUUUAAAUUAUACGUUUACGGGCAAAUUAAAAAAAAAAAAACAUUAUAGUAACUUCAAUGUAUACUGUACAUUAUAAUAUGUUAUAAGAAUAGGCACUAAAAGAUAUAGAAUAACAAUACUAUUAUAAGGUUAUAGUUGUAUACGGGCAUAUUUAAAGUUUGUCUGGGGUAAUUAUGUGUACCCCGUGCGAGUGGUGGCGGGUUAUGAUAAAGAAGUGUUACAAUUUCCGAAAGUUAAACUGUCGUUAAACUCUCGCUUGAGUGUCUAUUAAAAAAGUUUGAGUAAUUUGUAAGGGCAUUAUUGGAUUCUAUUAUUUAGAGAAUUUUUAAUUGUUUUCAGAGUAUUUAAAUCCGAGCACUAUAGUCUCGUACCUAUACGCAUUUUUUAAAGUGAUGUACGUGCACGUCACUCAUCCGUCCAAGCAGUCUUAAUGCCAUGUGAAGUCUUAUCGUUCGAAUGCAUAUCGUAAUAUCCUAUUUUACGGAAAACCCUAUCACUUAUCAGUUGCUCGAUUGCAAUAUAAUAUAAUUAUAUUAUUUGAACCUGCAGUGGCGCCGGCCGGACAUAAUAAUAAUGUGUUCGAACAGCGAUCGGUUCGUAAACGUAAAAUGAAUUUGUUCGUUAUAUUAUUAAUCCUGGGCAGGUGCGGGUGGUGGUCCUAAGUCAAUACAUAUAUUUCAAUGAAAUUAUUGUUGCGAUAUUAUAGUUUGGCGCCACACCGAUCGUAAUAUGGCAUGCAGUAAAACACUUAUAUUACACGACUAAUCCAUAUUAUAUGGUCGCCGUUUUAUAGUAUCGUUUCGCAGUAUAUAUAUAUAUAUACCUUUUGGUACACGAAAUGCUUUCGUAUUGCGUUCUGCGGCACUUCCGGCCGGAUGAAAAACCAUUAGAACCACCGCUGUUAGGAAAUUGUCUGUUACCUGUGUGUGUAGUUAGGUAGUGGAAAGGCAUGUAUUGACGCUGCCACGCGUUCCUAUAGAGUUCGAUGCUUUUAAGUUACGAUGUAUAGUGAUUAUUGUAUUGCUUGAAACUGUGUGAUGAUAGUACAAUAUUAUAAUUGCUUAUAAAUAUACAGGGUAAUUCGACAAGCACGUUCACCCCUAUUUUUGCCUUUUAAAAUAGUUAACUUCCGUACUUAUUCGAAUUUUGGUUUUUGGAAUUUUUCAGUAUUGUAAUUUAUGAUAUACCUACAAUAAUAGGUGGACUAUAAUAUUUUCAAUUAUUCAGAUAUCUAAUACCAUUGAAGAAGUGUCCCGUGGUGACGAUAUAUUAUAAACUUGUUAUUUUGCAAAUAAAAACUAACUUAUUUACUGUAAAUUGUUAAGCAGAUAAUUUUUGGAAACAUUUGAUAUAUUGAAACCAUAAUUCGAACGAGUAGUUUCAGAGUUUGCAAAAUAUAUUCGCCAAGGAAAAUAAUCAAUUAAAAAUAGUUAAACAAAAAUAUUAAACUAUCAAAAUAUGUGUUAUAGGUAUUAGAUCUAAUAUUUAUUAUACUCAGAAAUUGUAAAAUUAUCAUUUAUCUUAGUAGGUGCACAAAGUGAGAAAUUACAUAAUUGAAUUUUGAUUUUUUUAUGAAAAUACUUAAAUUAUUUAAUAAAAAAUACAUCAACAUUUUCAAACAAUUUUACUGAUUAACAAUGUACAUGUAAAUAGUUGGUACCUACUUAAGUGUACCUAAAAAUUGUUUAAACCAGAUUUUUAAUACCUAUCAAAUGUGUAAUCCAUUAUUUAAAGAGGAAAAUGGUGGUGACAUGCUUUGUAAAUCAUCUUGUAUGCUAUAAUGUAAUGUGUUGAGAAUUGAGAUGGGUUUAAUUAUCGUUCAACUGUUCUAGAGAGAAGCCGUUUAUGAAUUUUAAAAUAAAUAAUUACGUUCUAACAAACUUCUGUGAUCAAUACAUCUUAAAUCGUAUACAAGUCAUAUCAUUAUACAAUUGAAAUGUUUUCACCUUUAAAUUUUCCACCUAUAUUAUGGUAUUUAUAUAAUACAGAUUUAUUAGUAGUCACUAAUUAUUGGACUCAUUCGCCUAUUUGACUCAAAUAUACUGGUCCCGAUGUACACACACUACACUGGUUUGUGUAUUUUUUAAGAGCAUAUUUUCAGAUUUUUAGUUCAUUUUGCUGAUUUUUGUAUGUACUGAUUAUAUUUUGACUAUUAAUACCAUUUAUUUUCUUCAACUCAUUGCAUAUCGAGAAGCAUUAAAGGUUUUAAAGUUUUUUUUUUUUAAAUAAUUUAAGUCAAUGCAAAACACCAUUUCCUAUUUGUAUCGUUAUAUACAGUAGAAACCGUUUAUAAUGACGUUCAAGGGACCAAAGAAAAUAGGUCAUAAUAACCGGUUGUCAUAAUAACCAAAAUGACUAAAAUCAAAUUGUAACUUCAACACAUAUUAUUAUUAUUAUUAUUUAUUUAUGUGAUGUAUAAUAUAGAAAAUAAGUAAAGAUAAAAACAUUUAAUUAUGUACAUAUUAUUUAAAUUAAUUAAUUCAAUUAUUAUUUUUAAAAAAAUCUGCUAUUUCAUUUUGAAAUUCUUGUUCGAUUUUGUCUCAAGCUUUCCAUAUGUUAUAAAUCGUAUAGAGUGAUCUACCCCAAAUUCUUUAGGUAUGUGGGAAUUUUUUUCACCUUUUUUUAAACGAAACACGACAUUUGCUUUUUCUUCAAUUGUGGAUUGCUUUCGUUUGUACAUUUUACAAUUUCAAAAUAUUUAACACAAGAAUACAAAACACAUUUAAUUUCACAACGAUUACACGUACCCUGAUGAUAAAAUAAAAUAAAAUAAAACUGACGACAAAACAAAGAUGAAUUAAUUGUCAGUAUUAUCGGUUGUAAUAGUACCUUCAAUAAAGUAAAGUCAUUAUAGAUAAAAACAUUUUCCAAUAUAACCAAAAAUAACCGUCAUAACAUC